AGCUGGAGGACGGUGUGAUGCGCUCCUAUUUCGAAGCUGAGAAUAAAAUCAGAAAAUUAAGCGUCAGACAUGAAAAACAUUGGGUGUUAUAUUUUUAUGGCUAUAGCUAAGACUCACUGGAACUGGAUAUUCACUUUGCUUUACUUGAUGGGAAAUAACAUGUUGUAACGGACCGGGGAUGACAAAGAGAAUGAGAUACCGAGACUGGAGAUGGCUGGCUCUUUGGUGGCAUCAUUUCUUUCUCCUGUGGAGUACAAUAGACGGACAGACUCGUUACAGUAUCCCCGAAGAACUAAAACAGGGCUCUGUGGUAGGAAAUCUUGCCAAAGAUCUGGGUUUGGCGUUAUCUGACAUUUUUGACCGCAGGCUGCGUGUCGCCUCUCAGGCUGGAGAGCAGUAUUUCAGUGUGGAUGCGGGGAAGGGCGAGCUGGUGGUGAAUGACAGAAUAGACAGAGAGGCUUUAUGUGGACAAAGCGCCAGCUGUGUGUUGCCUUUACAGAUAGUUCUUGAAAAGCCUUUAAAUUUACAUCGAAUUGAGGUGGAAAUAAAAGAUAUGAAUGAUAAUUCUCCAAGCUUCCAGACAAAGGAGCUGUCUUUGAAAAUUGCGGAGUCGGCAGCAGUAGGAACUCGAUUUGUUUUGGAAAGCGCAGAGGAUGCAGACGUUGGGAGUAAUUCAGUAAAAUCCUACACGUUGACUAAAAACGAGUGUUUUACAUUGAAAAUGAAGGAGGUUGAAGAUGGCAAAGCAGUGCCCGAGUUAGUAUUAGAGAAACCUCUUGAUCGAGAGAAGAAGGCCGUUCAUCAGCUACUGCUGACUGCAUUAGACGGGGGUAACCCAGUAUUGUCUGGUACCUCACAAAUAACAAUCACAGUGCUAGAUGUAAAUGACAAUUUUCCAGUGUUUGAGAAAAACACGUAUAAAGUUUCUUUACAGGAAAAUACUGCAAAAAAUACAUUUGUAGUUAAAAUUGCGGCGACUGAUGCUGACGAGGGGCCAAACGGAGAAGUUGAAUUCUCUUUUGGUUCGCGGACUCUAGAUUCCGUGUUGUCAGUAUUUGAAAUCAACCCACUAACUGGAGAAAUACAUCUGAAAGGAGACCUAGAUUAUGAAAAAGCCUCGUCCUAUAAAAUUGAAAUUACGGCAAGAGAUAAGGGUGUUCCUGAAAUGGAAAGUCACUGUCGUCUACAGAUAGAUAUUGUGGAUGUAAAUGACAACACUCCAGAAAUUGUUCUCACCUCUGAACCGCAGCCAGUUCGCGAAGAUGCAGCUAGUGGCACAGUUGUGGCUUUGCUCAAUGCACGUGAUGCUGACUCCGGUAAUAAUAGUAAAGUAACACUGAGAGUACCUAAAGGCUCUCCUUUCACUCUGAAACCAUCAUUUUCUAAUAAUUACGCACUGGUUACCAGCGGUCCUUUAGACCGAGAGAGUUUCCCACAGUAUAAUGUUGAGAUAACAGCCACUGAUUCAGGCUCUCCUUCCUUGACCAGUAAAAAAAAUGUACCUGUUAUUAUCACUGAUGUGAAUGAUAACCCUCCUGUAUUCACUCAACGAAAUUAUAAUGUGUAUUUAAAAGAGAAUGGGGUACCAGGCUCUAUCCUGUACUCAGUAUCAGCAUCUGACCUGGAUUUCGGUGAAAACGCAAAGGUCUCUUACUCUAUACUGGACUCUAAAGUGCAGGACGUUUCUGUCUCAUCGUAUGUUUACAUCAACUCAGAUAACGGCAGCAUCUACAGCAUGCACUCGUUUGACUAUGAGAAACUGAAGGUGUUUCAGAUUCAGGUCCAGGCAAAGGAUCAGGGCUCUCCGUCUCUCAGCAGCAACGCCACUGUCCAUGUUUUUAUCCUGGACCAGAACGACAAUGCCCCCGCUGUUAUUUACCCCUCCUCCGCUGCAAUGGGCUCCCUCUCUCAUCAGAGGAUGCCCCGCUCCGCGAAAGCGGGUCACCUGGUUACCAAGGUGACAGCCGUGGACGCUGACUCGGGCCAUAACGCCUGGAUCUCCUACAGACUGGCGGAGGCCACCGACGCCUCUCUCUUCACUGUCAAUCUGUACACAGGGGAGGUGAGGACUAAACGCGCUGUGUCCGAGCAGGACGACUCCUCUCAGAGGCUGCUUAUAGAGAUCAAGGACGACGGGGAACCGAUCCAGUCCUCCACAGUCACGGUGUCCAUCAUACUGGAGGACGGCCUCCAUGAGCCCAUCUCAGACCUCCGACAUAAAGCGGCCGAGCCCAGCAAGAAAACUGGGAGAAUCACCCUUUAUUUGAUUCUCUCUCUGGCUUCGGUGUCCGUGCUGUCUCUGCUCACUUUCCUCAUCUUAGCGGUUAAAUGCAUCAGGAACAGCAGGAGCAGCAGUACGUGCUGCAUGAGACGGACUGACUCUGAUGAUUACAAGAACCCCAAUAGAAACCUGCAAAUUCAGCUCAACACUGAUGGACCUAUAAAGUACGUGGAGGUCCUGGGAGGAGACAUGCUGUCUCAGAGUCAGUCCUUCAGGUCGUGUAUGUCUCCAAUGUCAGAGUACAGCGAUUUCACUCUGAUUAAACCCAGCAGCACCACAGACUUUAAGGAGGUGAUCAGUGUCCUGGAUGCUUCUUUACCCGACAGCACCUGGACCUUUGAGAGCCAGCAGGUGAGGAAAAGGGAGUAAGAUCUUACUU